AUGCUUCCACGGGAACCGUACAAGGGCUUAACGCGAAAGCUUGUGCUUGCAUUUGAUGUCGGGACCACGUUCAGUGGGGUCUCGUAUUGCAUGCUGGACCCAGGAGAGGUGCCUGUAAUUCGAGGAGUUGCAAGAUAUCCUGCGCAAGAGCAUGUCGGAGGUGACUCCAAAAUACCAUCAAUCCUCUACUACGACCUUCAGGGAGACGUCCGUGCCGUGGGUGCUGAAGCUCUACAAGAGAGUAUAAUCGAACAGGCAGAAGAUGAGGGAUGGGUGAAGCUUGAAUGGUGGAAACUUCAUCUUCGCCCCAAGCAUCUGGCAUCGUCUCACAUACGUGACGGUCCUCUCCCACGAGGCAAAUCCGCAGUAGACGUCCUCGCUGACUUCAUGCACUACCUCUUCCAAUGUGCUCGGACUUACAUCCAGGAAUCACAUUUGAAUUUCUGGAGAUCGGUCGAGAACUCCAUUGAGUUCGUGCUCACACAUCCGAAUGGCUGGGAAGGCCAACAACAACAACAGAUUAGACGCGCUGUCGAACUCGCUGGUCUCAUCUCAUCUAAGGAGGAGCAAUCUCACGUGCACCUCUUGACCGAGGGCGAAGCGAGUCUUCAUUUUUGUGUUACCAACGUAAUUGCAUCAGAUAUAUUCUCUCAAACCCCUAUAGAUGCGUCAGACUACUCCGACGAGGAAGAUCAAUCUGACAGCCAGGGAGUCAUUGUUAUCGAUGCUGGAGGCGGAACCAUCGAUCUCAGUGCCUACUCUAUGAAGUUAUUAAUUGCUCCAGCUGAAUGUCGCCUGCAAGGCUCAGUAUUUGUUACUGAUCGCGCUCGUACUCUCUUACAAAAAAAACUUUCGGGCUCGGACUACUCCAGCCCCAAUAUCAUCGCACAAAUGGGGGCUAUCUUCGACACCAGCACGAAACUUCGGUUCCGUAAGCCUGAUGAACCAUCUUACAUCAAGUUUGGCACCGUCCGUGACAAAGAUCCAAAGUAUAACAUUCGAUCAGGGCAGUUGAAAUUGGCUGGCCGGGACGUCGCGGACUUGUUUGAACCAUCCAUCAAAGCUAUCUUCGAGGCUUUUGAGCAGCAGAGACGAGCGGCUUCGGCUCCCGUCAAUUUGGUUUGCUUGGUUGGUGGUUUCGCUGCCAGCGACUGGCUGUUUGCGAGACUCCAGGAAUAUUUUCUACCUCUAGGCCUUCGCUUCUGUCGCCCUGAUUCCCAUGUCAACAAGGCGGUUGCUGAUGGGGCAGUUUCGUUCUAUAUUGACCACCUAGUGUCAUCUCGAGUUGCACGCGCCACUUAUGGCGUUGAAUGCAUCACUCCGUACGACUCUCAAGAUCUCGAACACCGGAUCCGACAACAUAAAAGCUUCAUAGACGCCACCGGCGAACUAUGUCUCCCCGAAUAUUUUGAGAGUAUUUUGCUGAAGGGAACUCAAGUUUCUGAGCUGCGUGAAUUCCGGAAGUCCUUCCUUAAAAUCCGACAAUCGCCCGGUGCAUGCAAGAGUCAUAGCUCGGCAAUAAUAUGCUACAAUGGUGCCCUCCAGGACCCGCAGUGGUUAGACUUUGACCGGUCUUCAUACACCCCGCUCUGCACGAUCUAUGCCGACCUCCGCGAACUAUCCAGAACACUUCAUCCCAAAAAAUCGACUUUAGAUCAAUCAGUGUAUUAUCAGGUUGAAUACGACGUCAUCAUUCUAUUCGGGCACACAGAACUGAAAGCGCAGAUCAGUUGGAAGGAUAAGGUUCGCCCUCGUUUUCGUCUGUCUAUCCACUUUUUCGCUGAUCGAGAACAUUGUAAAGGGUGUUGAAACGCGGAGUCCGGCAACUAUAGUCUUCGGCGAGUAGUGUCAAGGCC